AAUUUUAGACACAAUCUACAUUAGUUUACAUCUUUUAUAAUUUUCCUUCGGAACGCAUCGGUUCUUGUUAGAUUUCUUUUCCGAUCAAGACUAAACCAUGGCGACAGCUACCUAUCCACCACCUCCAUUUUACAAGCUCUACAAAGAUUACCUGCAGGAUCCGAAAUCGGCACCGGAGCCUCCUCCGCCCAUCGAAGGCACCUAUAUGUGCUUUGGUAGCAAUUACACCACGGAUGACGUGCUUCCAAGUUUGGAAGAGCAAGGAGUGCGCCAACUUUACCCUAGAGGGCCAAAUGUUGAUUAUAAGAAGGAAUUGAGAUCUCUGAAUAGAGAAUUGCAGCUUCACAUUCUGGAGCUUGCUGAUAUUCUUGUUGAGAGGCCAUCCCAAUAUGCAAGGAGGGUGGAAGAAAUAUCCCUAAUAUUCAAAAACUUACACCAUCUGCUUAAUUCUUUGCGACCACAUCAGGCUAGAGCAACAUUGAUUCAUAUACUAGAACUUCAGAUUGAGCGUCGUAGACAAGCUGUCGAGGAUAUAAAGAGGAGGAGAGAAGAAGCACAAAGACUGCUCAUGGAGUCACUUGAAACUUUGGAUGGGCACUAGUACUACCUCUUUCAUCAGUGUUGAAUUCAUAAAGUACAGAUCUUGUCCAUGCUGAAUGUUUCGAUCUCCUCGUAUUCUACUGCAUCUACUGAUUUCAUCGGUUCAGCUCAGUCAGUUCUAAUGCAUACACUGGUGCAUCGAUGACAUGUCUAGGUAAUUCUUAGGUAUAACAUCUUUGUCAAUCUGUGCAAGAUCCAGAAGUGACCUCUCCCCCGUUGUGAUUACUUGAGCAGAUUGUAAUUAAUUGUUUGAACUACAUUGUAAGCUUUAGUUCACGGGUUCGGCAUAGUGACUAAGAAACGCAGUUGAAAAGAUCUGUUCUAUAGAUUGUACUGAGUGACAGCCUAUAACCGUGAGAUUGGAAGAAAUUAAUGCUAUUGCGUCCUUGGCUUCCGUAAUAUUUCUCUCACUAUGCAUUAUUGUUUGAAAUACAACGAUCCGCCAGGCUGUGGGAUGCAGCAGUAACGAUGGAGACAAUGGUAACUUAUCAAUGAAUAAUUUGUUUGGUCAA